UUCCAACUUUGAUAUGGUUAUGGAAUCAGAUGAAGGAACAUUUACGCCCACUGGCCUGGCUUUCACGGGCAGCCUUAAGGCUCGUUGUAUCAUGAAGGAAAUAAUGAAACAUCUGAAGCCUCUCAACAUUACCAGUGUUUUUGAAGAUGGCGGAGGAACAGACAUUAGUUACUGGAUUCAUGAAGGAAUACCAGGUGCCAGUUUGAGUAACGAUAUCACUAAAUACUUCUGGUUUCAUCAUUCGCAAGGCGACACAAUGACGGUUCAGGAUCCAGUCAAAAUGAAUCUCUGUGCUGCUCUUUGGACUGUUGUGUCUUAUGUGAUUGCUGAUAUGGAGGAGAAGGUACCAGUGUAAUUCAAAAAUAAAUCAAUAAACAGUAUUGACUGUUUUAGCACAGAACAGGAAUGUAUCUGAUCUAACUCUGUGAUGAAACUCUAGGUGUCUUCCAAAAACUAAACUUUUCUUGAUUCAACUCAGAACAUGUCCUUUUAUCAUGUAUACGUAUUUUUGAAUUGUGGGUCUAACACCUUCUUCUUUGGACAACUUCCUGAUGCUUCAUUUCAGUGCUUUGUUCUUAUUGUUCUUGAUCUUUACUCAGCAAUAUCAUAAAAGUCACUGAUUAUUAAGUUACCCUUUUAUCUGCCAAAUACUUAAAAUAAAUAUGGUG